GCGGCAGGGGGCGCUGAUGUCACGCGACGAGAAGCGCGUCCAGGCGCUCAACGUGCCAUUCAGCAUCGGCAAGAUCGUUCACCUGCCGAUCGACGAGUUCACGCGGCUGCUGCAGGCGCACCCGGAUCUCACCGACGUGCAGCUGACGGUGAUCCGCGACGUUCGCCGGCGCGGCAAGAACAAGGCGGCGGCGCAGAGCUGCCGCAAGCGCAAGCUCGACAACAUCGUCGACCUGGGCUCGGUCGUCGGCAAGCUACGGUCGACCCGCAACAGCCUGCGCAGGGAGAAGAAGGCGGUGGAGGAGGACCUGCGUGCGUAUGAGCGCCGCUACGAGAGCCUCUACAGCGAGGUGUUCGGCGCUCUGCGCGACGAUGCCGGCCGGCCGUACAGCGCCGACGAGUUCUCGCUGCAGCAGAUGCUGAACGGCAGCAUCGUGCUCGUGCGCAACGACGGCUCGCCGCAUGCAGAGGGCGCCACCGCCGCGGACGCCGCCGACGAGCCGCAGAAGGGCGCGCGCAAGAAGCGCAUGCAGAAGCGUUAGCGGCGGUCUUGCACACAGAGGGAGCCACCGUCGCAAACGCCGCUGUGUGGAUUGGCAGCGAUGGCUCGCGCACAGAGGGAGCCACCGUCGCGGGCGCCG